GGUUCUCGGCGCACGUACGCACGAUCACCAACCAUCACCCCACCAAUGUCGCACAUCACCCGGCACCUCCGGCGGGCGCUCUCCACCACCGCCGGGACCUCCACCGGCACCUCCGUCGCUGCCCCACGCGUCGUCUUCUCGGGCAUCCAACCGACUGGCGUCCCGCACCUCGGCAACUACCUCGGAGCGCUGCGCACAUGGGCGGACAUCCAGGCCUCAGCGUCGGCGGACACGCAGCUGAUCUUCAGCAUUGUCGACUUGCACGCGAUCACGCAGCCGCAGGCCGCCGAAACCCUGCGGAAGGCGAGGAGAGAGACGCUCGCGACUAUCCUCGCCGUCGGUAUCGACCCGGAGCGCUGCACGCUGUUCGAGCAGAGCAGGGUCCCGCACCAUGCUGAGCUCAUGUGGAUCCUCAGCUGCGGCGCGAGUACGGGUUACCUCAGUCGGAUGACUCAGUGGAAGAGUAAAUUGGGCGUCAAGGAGGAUGUGAAUGCGUUUGAGGGAAAGUCCACGGCGAAACUGAAGUUGGGGCUGUUUUCGUAUCCAGUUUUGCAGGCGGCGGAUAUUUUGGUGCACAGGGCUACAGAUGUGCCCGUGGGAGAAGAUCAGGUGCAGCACCUCGAGUUCACCCGUGAAAUCGUCGGAACAUUCCACAGCUCGUACGGCGAAGUAUUCCCGCUUCCUAAAACAAUCCUCUCACCGGCGCGAAGAGUAAUGUCACUCCGUGACCCACUCCAGAAAAUGUCCAAAUCCGAUCCACAGCCGUUGUCCCGGAUCCUCUUGACCGAUGGUCCCGACACGAUCUGGGAGAAGCUGAAGAAGUCGAUGACGGAUUCCGAGCUGGGAGUCAGUUACGAUCCUAAAAAUCGACCGGGCGUGUCGAAUCUGAUCGAGAUAUAUGCGCACAUGCAGCGGAGAGACGAUUUCGGCGCUAUCGCACAGGAGUGGGAAAAUCUAGAGAAGAAGGAGCUCAAGAUGCGGGUUGCAGAGUGUAUUUCUGAGGGAUUGAAGCCCGUCAGAGAGGAGUAUGAAAGGAUCAUGAAGGAGGGCGACGGGUAUCUUGAUAAGAUCGCAGAGAAGGGUGCGGCUAAGGCGAGAGAGAGCGCGGAGAAGACGAUGGUCCUCGUCAGGAAGGCUAUGGGAUUGGCGUGAGUUUGACGUCGGUCAUGCCUUACUAUAGUGAAAUGGUAGCUCUUCGAUAGAUAGGAUCAUGCGCUCGCAUUAGAACACGGCAGGGCUGAAGGUGGUCAGAGAGUUGGCCCCGCGACUACUCCACUUA